CUAAGCACCGCCCUCCUCCCUCCCUCUGUUUGCCUGCUGACUCCGAGCUCGCUGAAGACGCCCUUAGCAACAACACACACACACACAGCUGCGUCGAAUAAGAUUCUCCUGCCGCAGAGAAGACGGAUUAAACAGUGCCGCUUUUAUUGCACAGAGUACAGGGGAAGCUUUUCUGCGAAGGCGAUGCUCCGGUUAUUUCUGCAGUUAACAUGGGGCUACCGCUAACGAGCUAGCCUAUUUUGGCUAGCCAUCCCCAAAGACGAGCGAAGCGGCCCCAAGCUGUCCCGAAGGAGGACAAUAUCGUGGGGGGGGGUUCACCGAGUGGUAGCAUUGCAGCUUGCUAACUACAAAGUCAGCUAACCGGGAAUAAGCACGGGAAUGGUGCUCUGGAUCGACUCACUGUACCGACAGAGAAAGGCGAGGGGCACACGGGUCAGACCACCAAGCUGUAACAUUUGGACUCAAACUAUUUUUAACAGAGGGAGCGGCUGUCGGGCGGGCGAGUGUUUUUGUGGCUGUGCGAGCUAGCUGGCUAGCAAGCAAGGGAAACGACCCCCACCGCCUGCUCAGGUUUUUCAAACUGCAGCCAAGGCUCAAGGCUAAUGUUAGCCAGGGCGAGAGCAGCACGCUGAAUACACAACUCUGUGGUUUUAGUAAUAAAAGAAGGAUAAAUUACAGUUAAAGCCAAGACGAAAGCUAGCUAGCUAUCCCAAGCACAACUUGAGUAAACGUUAACUUCGGAAGCACAACUCAAGGACUCUUGGACUUAUUAGCAAACACUAACGUUACAGAUUCACGGCAAAGUCAUUAACGUUAAUGCUGUUCGUUAAGUUUGCUACGUGACUCUAGUUUGAAUCUUUGUUUUCCACUUUUUUUAUUCGGGAUUUUUUUUUCGUCACUUCGGAUGCUGGCAUCACACAUUAAUUGCAAUCAUGAUGAUAAUAAGCCGAAAACCAGAGGGCCCAAUAGCAACAGCACGCCAUGGUGAUGGUCUUUAUGACUCGUACAUGAGGACAGACCACAUCCUUAAAGACGAAGCGGAUACCAACAGUCCGUCUGGGCUGCCCCCUAUGCCCAAACACACACUUGUCAGUAACAAGGCUGUAAUGAGGGAUCAGGUAACUGUGCGAGGUGGCCAUCUGAAGGUCAAGUACCUGUACGAAGACUCCACCAACAACCGAAAGAUCAACGCCAUAACCACAGCAACCACUCAGAACAGUGGGACCACAGGUCAGACGCCCAGUAAACCUGCCCCGGUCUCCAGCCUCUCCAAGGAGCACAGUGUAGACAGCACUGAAUCAAGUAAGGGCUCCAGUGAAUCCUCCGGCCCUCACGGAGUUGGGAGUGGAGGGAACAGUGGGAAGCUGUGUGGCCCUCUCACUCCUGACCAAGCUCUGAGACUGUACCGAUCUCAGCUGACCAGCCUAGAGCAGACGGAGAUCCACUCCUACCCAGACAUCUACUUCGUGGGACCCAAUGCCAAGAAGAGGCCUGCCGUCGCUGGAGGCAACAAUAACUGUGGCUACGAUGAUGAGCAGGGUGGAUACAUUAAUGUCGCCCAUGAUCACGUGGCUUACCGCUACGAGUUCCUCAAGAUCAUCGGUAAAGGUAGCUUUGGCCAGGUGGCUAAGGUAUACGACCACAAACUGCAGCAGCACCUGGCUCUGAAAAUGGUGCGCAACGAGAAGCGUUUUCACCGGCAGGCACAGGAGGAGAUCCGCAUCCUGGAGCACCUGCGCAAGCAGGACCGUAAUGGCACAAUGAAUGUUGUGCACAUGCUUGAAAACUUCACCUUCCGCAACCACAUCUGCAUGACCUUUGAGCUGCUGAGCAUGAACUUGUACGAGCUUAUCAAGCGCAACAAGUUCCAGGGCUUCAGUCUGCCACUGGUCAGGAAGUUUGCCCACUCCAUUUUGCAGUGCCUGGAGGCCCUGAGCAGGCACCGAAUCAUCCACUGUGACCUCAAGCCGGAGAACAUCCUGCUCAAACAGCAGGGUCGCAGCGGCAUCAAGGUGAUUGACUUUGGCUCCAGCUGUUUUGAACACCAGCGGGUGUACACCUACAUCCAGUCUCGUUUCUAUCGAGCUCCAGAGGUGAUCCUUGGUUCCCGUUACGGCCUUCCUAUCGAUAUGUGGAGCUUCGGCUGCAUACUGGCCGAGCUGCUGACUGGCUACCCCAUGUUCCCCGGUGAGGACGAGGGUGACCAGCUGGCCUGUGUCAUGGAGCUGCUGGGCAUGCCUCCGCAGAAGGUCCUGGAGCAGGCCAAAAGGGCAAAGAACUUCAUCAACUCUAAGGGCCACCCUCGCUACUGCGGAGCCAACACCCUGCCCACCGGGGCCACUGUGCUGACAGGUUCUCGCUCCCGCCGCGGCAAGAUGAGAGGUCCCCCAGGUAGCAAGGAGUGGAGUGCUGCGCUCAAGGGCUGCGAGGACCCCACCUUUACUGACUUCAUAAAGAAGUGUUUGGACUGGGACCCCUCGUCUCGUCUCACCCCUAGCCAGGCCCUCAGACACCCUUGGCUGUAUCGGCGCCUACCUAAGCCCCUACCGGGGACCGACAAGAGCCAAGGUGCCACGGUGAAACGGCUCUCCGAGCAUCACAGCACCUCCUUCCCUUCUAUCCUGGCAAAAGGGGGGCCUGGUUUAGGCACCACGGCUGCCAACAACAAACUGAGGAGCAACAUGAUGGGAGAUUCAGGGGAGGGCAUACCUCUUCGCACGGUCCUACCUAAACUUGUCUCUUAGAGAGAGAGUCCUGUAUCUCCUCUCUUCCACGUCUUCCUCCUCUGCACUCCUCAGGAGGAGUCCGUACAGGAGUACAGGAGAAAGUGGAGACUAGGUUUUAAAACUCGUUUGAUUGUUCUUUUAUUUGUUUUCCUACUGAGAGGUGUCGACACCCCAGUUCCUGGUUUUUAAUAUUAGCUGAACAGAGAGUGUGUGCGAGAGAGAGAGAGAGAGAGAGACAAUUAAAGAAACACUCUAAAAAAAAAUUUUAAAAAAAGUUUUUAUACAGAGGAUUUCCUUGAGCGGCUGUGGAGUUUCUGUAUACAGCCAUUGAUGAGGUUUGAUUUAGAAAAUGCUUAAUAAAAAUGUCCUCGUGUGAGUGGACAGCUUCGUAAAUGUUUUUAACCUCAAGUGAGUGGUGUGAUUAAGCAAAACGGACUCAAGCCCACCUGCACUGUCUCUUGCCUCACUUCACACUCUUUCCUAACACUCAAAGGGCGCCACCCUUUCUUAAAAGGGCUACAGAGAUUACUCUUAUCACAUUAGAGUUAGCAGCAAGCUAAGAUUUGUUCAGCCAACAUAAUUUAAUAGAAAAAAAAAAGAAUCAUGCAUCAUGUGCGAUUGGCAUUAUGUAGUGAAGAAUUAUGAAAAAAUGUUUUAGCAAUACGUCUUCACUUCUUUGUCUUUUCUAAUUGGGCUAUUUUUUUUUUUUUUUUUUUUUAACCUUUCCUGAUACCUGGUGCUUGCAUGUCAGCUCAGUAUGUGACGUUAGUAUGUGUGUGUGUGCUUUGGCAUCAUGGUGCUACUGUGGGAGAAAGGGCGUCAUUUGAGUGAAAAUAACGGCAGGGGUUGGGGAGAAAAGUAGCUCGAACUGUCACAAAGGUGUCACCGUCACACUCGGUACUUCACAAACUGAGCCUGCCGUGUGAGGCCGGCACACAAAAACUGAUAUAUAGAUAGAAAGUUGGCUGUGGAAAGUUAAAUUUGUAUGAAUGUCACCUGCCCAUGCCCCAUAAUUGGCUGCUGUGGUUGUUGGCAGUGGUGCAUUAAUCCUAAUGGAACAAUAGUGUAAGGUAAGAUAGAUCAUGGGAUAAAAUGAAAACCGGUACGUUUAAUAUGAGCCAAGAUGUUUUUUUUUGUUUUUUUUUAUUUCACGGGGAGGUAUGGAAGUGUUGAUAGGAUGAGCCAGUGACAAAGGCGGGUUUUUAUGGUACUGAAGAAAGAAGUGUUUCUCAGGGAGACAUAACUUGAUACAUCCCUUAAGCGUAUAUUAACUGUGUUCCACUUACAGUCCCCUGUCCCAACUAUGGAUGAACACGCAUGCAGUUCAGUCCACUGAGAGCGAGAGAAUGCGUACACGAGUGUGUCUGGGAAGGGGGUCUGCAUGCGCCACAAUCUGACCUAGAUUUUCUCUCCUCCACCCCCACCAUCGCUUUCUCUCUUGUUUUCUCUCACUCUUGUCUCAUGUAGGCCAGGGAACCUCUUAAACUCGCACAUUUAUAGGGAUUAUGGUGCUGUCCAAAACACACAGACACACACGUCAGGUGCACGUUGUAUGGACCACAUCGCUCAAAGAGUUAAUUCUCUCGUCCCUCGUUUCCCAAGUGAAUCUGUCAGGAUUUUCUACUGUUUUUUUUUUUUUUUUUUUUUUUUUUUUAUAUAGAAGUGAUUUCUAUUUGCUAUUCAGUCCAGAAUAUCAGAGGAUGUAAAAAAACAAAAGCGUAAAAAGAGAAAGCCGUAUACUGUCAUGUUGUACCUAGUGGUGUGCGUUAGUAGGAGGGUGUUUGGUGUUCCAGCAUGAAAUCACAACCUGUUAUCAGACUGAGUGACUAUGAGAAGAGAAACUGUACAGUAACCAAAUGAAGUUAUAAUAGUUUCUUUUUCUAAAGAAAAUAAAAAUGAUUAACUGAAA